UUGUACAACGCACCGGUGAGCGGCUCGUUCCAGGGAUAGCACGUGCGAAGGAGCUGCGAUACGGCUUGAGAUACUCGUCAGCAUUUGUUGCAAGUUCGGUGCAGAACCUGCAUACGCCACUCAGCAGGCGCUGUCACGGAGUUGCGUUCGACAGACCCAGAGAGAGCGAGACCGCCUGGUUUGUUCUCGCACGCGGGGCUGAAAGGCAACCGGCCGGCCUGGGCUUUGCACAGCAGCAGCACGGCACCGGCGGAACGGAAGAAGAAGCGCACAGUUUACUGCGUGCAACGCGCUGGCUCAAGUCGGCGAGUCCCCUUCCCCACCCCGAGUGGACGAGAGCUCGCGUCGCGAAACACGGGCGGAGGCUUUAUUGCGUCUCUACAAACCUAGGUGGUGCAAUACAAUCCGCGCGCACAUCGGAAGCUUUUGGAGAGCGAGACAGAAGUCGGUUGUGGGAGAGGUGUGUGUGCUGCUAUUGCUUAAACGAUGGCCCAUCAGCAGAUGCGGAGAAAACAGCCAAGGCCCGGGCGGCGUGUGGGCAUGGUGCAAGCGGUAGUGGCUGCGGUGGUGGGAUUGGCGUGCUGUGCGGUGCGUGUGAGCGGAGAGCUCAAGCAACAGCUCUCGGUGCUGGGGCCGUUCGACAAGCACGACCACAAGGGGGCGAGGAUAAUCCCUUACUUCGAGAAAACCGGUGCCACCAACAUCAUGCAGUCCUUCGUCAGGCUGACCCCGGAUAAGCCGGAAGAGCUAGGGACGCUAUGGUCGAGGUCAACCAUUGCGACGUCAGAUUUCUCCCUGGAGUGGAAAUUCCGAAUCAGCGGGACUGAGAAGAUCAAGUACGGGGAUACCAUCGCUCUGGUCAUCGCACCGAUGAAGUACAAGGCGGGGCAAGACGGGCGUUUCUUCGGGAUCGACGAGAAGUUCACGGGCCUAGUUGUCGUAGCCAACACCAACCGGCAGCUGCUCAACAAAGACAGGCUCCCUGGGGAGCCCAUGGGCCGGCACAGAGACGUGUCCGUGAUCGCUAACAACGGCACCCGGAACUACGGCAACCUGAUCGAUUCCUUGGAGGGCUGCACGGCUAACGUCAGGUUCGAUGAGACUAGGGACGACUUCAACGUCAUGCAGUCCACCCGUGUUCGGCUGAAGGUAGAGGGGAACACGGUUGCGAUGGAGGUAGACGCUAGAAACACGGGGCGGUGGAGACGUUGCUCGACGAUGGCCCACCUCGACAUGCCGGCGGACUGGGCGUCCAAGUCGAACGUGGGUAUCAUCGCCAAGACUUCUGAGAAAACGAACAACCACGACCUGCUGAGUCUUCGGAUGUACACCGAUCCGAAUGAUGCGUGGGAGGUUGACACCUAUGAGGACGAUGAGGACGAGAUGGACAGCCUCAUGCACCACAUGGAACACGAGCUCUUCAACGUGCACGACAGCCUGCGGGAAACAAUCGAUGCGCUGGCUCAGGCGGAGCGGGACGCGGAGACUCGCCUUCUACUGCUCGAGGAAAACCUGAGCAACUCCGUGAUGCAGGCUUUGGAGUCGAGGGUAGCGAAGCUGGAGGUGCAGAUGCAAACCAGCGUGUCCAAAACCCUCAACAAGCACGUGAACCAGGUAUACGACAGACUUGAGGAGGACGUCGGCGUUAAACUCGCGGAGCACGUGGGGAAGAUGUCGGCUUCCUGGCGGUGGCCCUUCUACGCCUUGCUAAGUUUGGUGAUUGGGAUGGUGGCGUUCUCGUUCACCAAGUACAAGCAGUUGAAAAAGCAGCACCUGCUGUGAUUGUGUAUUAUCUCGAGGUUCCGGACGACGAAAGUAUUAGCGUCGUGCGGUUCGGCCAAGGGAGCCAGGAGUCUAUAGACCAACGCCUUCUGUAAUGAAGGUUCAGUUGCCACAAAAAAAUAGGGGCGUGGAAGGUGAAGAUGCGUGUGUCCGAGGACCGGCAGUUGAAAAGGCAGCACCUCCUGUGAUUCAACGAUCGAUCUUUUCAGGCUAGCGCGUGCUGGAGAUGUUGACGUGCGGCGUGGUCAGCUUCCAAUUCCGGGGGGAAAUUAAAGGUGUACGUGUGUGUUCCAAGCUGUUGUAUGAUGUUGAAAAAAUUGUUUCUUUGUCGGCUUCGGGUCUUUUGAUUGAAGAGAUGUGUUGGGCCCCAGCCACCAACCAGCCCACGUCCGGACUGUCUCGUCUUCGCUUCUAGUACACCACGUGCUGCUCGAGUGCGUAUUGUUCACGAGGAGAGGGUACAUGUGUGCGUCAAGGCAUGCCCCCCCCCCCCCCCCCCCCCCCCCCCCCCCCCCCCCCCCCCCCCCCCCCCCCCCCCCCCCCCCCCCCCCCCCCCCCCCCCCCCCCGGCGGGCUUGUGCAGGCAUUCAAUAGUCGGGUUAUAUCAUUCACUCUGCCUCCCUAUCAUUUAGAACUCUGUAGACUAUCUGCCUCUGCUGUGGCGUCCUGCUUUCAUUUUCCGCGUCGUGGCACGUGUGGACGGACACGCAUACUGGUGUCGGCCAUGCCACUACUUGGGAAAAGAUAGAUUGACCUGACAUCGCUGCAUCCACCGUCAACGUUCUCUUUUUCUGCAUGAUUCUUCUGUGUCGCCCCUGUAUGUUGUUCAUUUGCCGAGGCGGGAAAGACCACGGAAGGCAAGAACGCACGUUUGGCCACGACAGGGUAGUGAUUUCUUGCGGAAUGUCGUCCGCGGUUUCUCAUGAUAUCAAGACUAAAUACACACAUCAUAGAUACAUGCCUGGCAGUUUUCCUCGUCUUUUUUUUCGUUGAAUGUACGUGUACCCAUAGGAUUUUUCGUUGGUUGGCCUGUAACGACGCAAGGCGUCCACGUGACAUGGACCAAAACGACUCUCAGAUGGCACUGAGCAGCUGUGUACCGAAACGGUCUAUGAUGGGGGGACAAAUACCUCAAGGUCGACCCGAAACGGUUCCGGU